GGUCUCCCGACCUCCGUGAACGCACCUCGGCACGACCGUUACCAUAGAAACUGAGUGAAGAGACUCGGGGAAGCUAACGUGUGUUUACUUACAUGUGUUAAGAUGGACGAUCGCUUCGUGUUUCUGGUGGAGUGGUUUGACCCCUUUGCAGACCUGCUGCGGCGCUACCAGCUGUUCUUCUACCCCAAUGACAGCUCAGUGGAAAUGUUUGAUGUGAAGAACCGAAAGAGAUUUUUAGCAAGGACCAAGUGUGACGGCAUCAGUCGAGAGGACUUGUUCGUGGGGAAUCGAGUGACUGUCCUCUCAAGGCAGCUGAAUGUAAUAGCUUAUGGAGAUCAGUACACAGCAAACACGCUGGGCAGCAAAAAGGAAAGAACUCUUGCUUUGAUAAAGCCAGAUGCGGUUACCAAGAUCGGAGAUGUCAUGGAAUUGAUAUACUCUUCCAACUUGAUGGUGACAAAAGCCAAGAUGACAAAGCUUACAUGGAGCCAAGCAGCAGACUUUUAUGUGGAACAUCAGUCAAAGCCUUUCUUCAAUGAGAUGAUGCAGUUUAUGUCUUCGGCUCCAGUGGUUGCCAUGGAAGUAAUAGGUGAUGAGGCCACGUCAGUGUGGAGGAGGCUGGUGGGACCUGCAGACCCUCCCGUGGCGCAGCGGGAGGCACCGCAGAGUCUCCGUGCCCAGUUUGGAACAGAUGGCAUCAAAAACGUUGUGCAUGGCUCUGACACACUUGCUGCAGCAGCCAGAGAGCUUGAAUUCUUUUUUCCGUCCACGAUUGGUCACGGACCCUCUAACACAGCCCUCUACACAGACAGCACAUGUUGCAUCAUCAAACCUCAUGCCAUAUCAGAAGGCCUGACUGGGAAGAUCCUCAACUCCAUAAAUGCAGCUGGAUUUGACAUUUCAGCUCUUCAGAUGUUCAAUGUGGGCCAAGCAAACGCAGAAGAAUUCUAUGAGGUUUAUAAAGAAGUUGUUACAGAGUAUUUUAGCAUGGUGACGGAGCUGUGCUCGGGGCCUUGCAUGGCCCUAGAGAUCCAUCAAAAAGACACACCCAAGACCUUCAGGGAAUUCUGUGGGCCUGCAGAUCCAGAACUGGCCCGGCUCCUCCAGCCAAACACACUGCGUGCCCUUUAUGGUAAAGACAAAGUGAGGAACGCGGUCCACUGCACAGACCUGGCUGAAGACGGAGUUCUGGAGGUGCAGUACUUCUUCAAGAUUUUGGAUGGAUGAAAGGAAGGAAACGGGACAUAUUUUCUCAUGUUUCUGUUUAUUGUUUCAGCCUUAUGCAGAUUAAAUAAAGUGACAGAGCAGACUCCUGACAUGUGUUUGAUCUUCAACAUUGAAUUAAGUAUUUUCACACCAGCUAAACAUCUUAUUACACGGGAUACUGCAUUGCCUCUGAUAUUUGUUAACUUUUUUUGACCUGCGACUUUGGUUUUGGAUUCAUACAUAACACUUUGAAAAAAAAAAAAAAAUGUACAACUGCAUAAAUAUAAAACUCUUCCACCAUGAAAAUGGCUAAAACAUUCAAUAUAGUAACUUGCGUCACGUGAUGUGACGUCUCCAGCAAAACAGAUUUCAAAGCACUGAGUUGCCACUGUUUCCGUGGAGGUGACAGUCUUCUAGGCUGGACCCACAAAGCUCUAAACUACCAAUUAAGAAUGAACAGAUGUAACAAACUGAAAUGUCAAACCUUAUCGAACAGCUACGAUGAACAAAGUGUGUACAAAUGUGUCCUUCCACAGCCCACUUGAAUAGAGAAAUAAAAGGAAA